GCUGCAGACAGACAUUGCCCUUUCUUCAUUACAAGAUGACAUCGCAGACCCCCAAUCAGUCAUUGCCAAACGCAGCCGCAAGUCAGCGAUCAGGGCCAGCUGACAAGCGGAUCCGUCUCCAGCAAUUCUCGGAGCGAAUCGCCGCAUGGCCGGAGGAUGAUUGGUCGGGGAUUUCGGACUCGAAACAGCGGAGGAGGUUGCAGAAUCGGGUGAAUCAGAGGGCGCGACGGUUGCGGAAGAAGCUCGAGGCGGUCACAUCUAGGGAUGAAUCUAGCAACCGUGGGGGCCGUUCAUCUGCAGAGGUAGACGAUCAGUCAAGAGUGUCGGCUACUGUCGAAAAUGAGAUGCCCGUUCCGAGGGUACACUCCGAGAUAGACCGCACGCCAGCCCCCCUGGCCGCCAUCAAACAAGUCCACAUCCUGAACCCCGACUCAACCCACACCCAAACCAUCCUCCACCAGUUCGAAGACCUCGUCCGGGCCGAAUACAUGCAUUCUUCCCCCCGCACCGACAUGCUCCUCCACCUGAUCGAAUUCAACUUCAUCAAAGCGCUGAUCCAGAAUCUACGGCUCUUCGACCUCACCUCGGAGCAAUUACACGACGAUGCCAUCUCGCCAUUCAAUGUGGCCGGCCCCUGGCCGCAUGACUUUGAGGCGUCUCUGCCGCUCAGUCUCCGCGCGACAGUCGUCCAGCGCACGGUGUCGCAUCACCCGUGGCUGGACCUGCUGCCAGAUGCCCAAAUGCGAGAUAAUCUGAUUCGUGCCGGCGAAUCGUACGAUGAAACCCAGCUGUGUCUGGAUAUGAAAGGACAUGGGAUCAUCGUGUGGAGGGAUCCGUGGGAUGCGUCCGGCUGGGAGAUCAGCGAAUCGUUUGCGCGCUCCUGGGGAUGGGUGCUACGCGGGUGUUGGGAUCUGGCUCGGUCGACGAAUUAUUGGCGGGCACGACGGAAUGAGAAGCCUCUGUUUCGAUGUUGUACCUAGUUGGCUGUAGGAUAUGAUGGAUUCUUUUUUUAGCAUAAGGAUAACUUCCGCUGCUUUCCGG